AAAGCAGCUGAGAAAAGAGCAAUCGCUCCAUUGCUCCGUCGCGAGUCCAGACUCCACCCAGAGCAUGAACCCGCGCUACAAAGCCCUCCCCAAAUCCUUCGGCACCCGAAGCUUCCUCCGCAAAUCCAACCAAACCCUCGUCAAAUCCUUCGCCUCCUCGGCCCCAGCCCCGUCAAGCGCACCGCCCCACACCGACGCGCUCGCGGAGCUCGUGCACGCCACCCGUUCGGCGAAAUGCCUCCGCAGGCUCCACGCGCUGCUGGCCGUCACGGGCGCGAUCAACCGGGACACCUCCGCCGUCACGGCCGCCGUCGAGGGCUACCUCUCCCUCGGCAUGCCGGGCGCCGCGGCGUCGUUGUUCGCCGGGUCCCACCGCCGCCGCCCCACGGUGUACUCGCUCAACCUCGCCGUCCGCUGCUUCUCGGCCCACGGGUUCCACCGGGAGCUCCUCGGCCUGUACAGGACGGCGUGCGCCUACGGUGGUGGCUCCGACAACUUCACGUUCCCGCCGGUCAUCAAGGCGUGCACGGCCGUGGGAUGCCUCCUCCUUGGGAGGGAGGCGCACGGCAGGGUCCUGCGGGACGGGCACGGGGACAAUGUCGGCGUGCAGACCGCGCUGCUUGACAUGUACGCCAAGGCUGGCUGGGUUGGCGCGUCCAGGGCGGUGUUUGACUGCAUGGCGCAGAGGGACCUGAUUUCCUGGAACGCGUUGAUCUCGGGGUACUCUCUGAAUGGGUGCUUCAGAGAAGCUGUCGAGGCUAUGCGGGAGAUGCAGGAGGACGGCAUGAGGCCGAACGCUAGCACUUUUGUUGCUGCUGUCGGUGUCUGCGGUGCAGUCGGAGAUUCGGAUGCCGGUGAUUCGCUGCAUGCGUUUGCGCUGAAAUGUGGGGCGCUUGCUGAUGAAUCCGUCACACCUGCAUUCAUCUCAAUGUACGCUGGGUUUGAUGAUCUUUCCUCGUCGCGGUUGCUCUUUGAUCUGCAGCCUGUGAAGGAUUUGGUGUCUUACAAUUCCAUGAUCUCAGCGUACAUGCAGCAUGACAAAUGGAAGGAAUCAUUCGAGGUCUUCAGGUUGAUGCGCUGUGCAGGACUAGGGCCUAAUCUGGUAACAGUGGUAUCUGUCCUUCCAACCUGCAGUGAUUUCUUUGGUGUACACGUCGGCGAAUCUGUGCAUGGUAUGGUUAUCAAGUUUGGCCUUGCAGAGCAGAUUUCUGUUGUCAGCGCUCUUGUUUCUAUGUAUUCUAAACUUGGGGAGUUGGAUUCAGCUGUGCAGCUUUUCUGCAGUUGUACUGCAAAGAACCAUCUUCUGUGGAACUCCAUAAUUUCUGGGUACAUUUUGAACAACGAAUGGCACACUGCUCUUGAUGCAUUCUGCAGGAUGCAAACUGAAGGUGUUGCAGCCGAUGCAACAACUGUCAUUAAGGUGAUCUCCGGAUGCAGGCACAUAAAAGAUUUACGUAUGGCAAAGUCCAUCCAUGGAUAUGCUGUGAGAAACAGUUUUGAAUUGAACCAAAGCGUGAUGAAUGCACUCCUGGCUAUGUACGGUGACUGUGGAGAACUCUCAAAUUCCUACAAGUUAUUUCAGAAAAUGGAAGUACCUAUGUUGAUAUCUUGGAACACGAUAAUAUCUGGCUAUGCUGAAGCUGGAGAUGCAGAGGCUUCUGUAAGACUCUUCCGCCAGAUGCGCCAAGCAGACUUGCAGUUUGAUGUAGUAACCCUGAUUGGCCUUACCAGCAGUAUUUCGGUGGCUGAGGAUGCCACAAUUGGAGAAUCACUUCAUUCUUUGGCAGUUAAAAGUGGAUGCAGUACAGAUGUUUCUCUUACACACACCCUCAUUACUAUGUACAGCAACUGUGGUUCUGUUCAGGCAUGCCAGCGACUCUUUGACAGCUUGUCUUCUGUGAACACAGUCUCUUACAAUGUUCUGAUGACCGGAUACCGUAAAAACAACCUAUCUGAAGAGAUCUUACCUCUGUUUUAUGAAAUGGUAAAGAAUGAGAAGGAGCCAAAUCAUAUUACAUUACUGAAUGUAUUGCCUGUUUGUCAGAGUCAGUUGCAAGGAAAGUCUGUCCACGGCUAUGCAGUUCGAAAUUUCUUCAGGCUAGAAACCCCUAUGCUCACAUCAGCCAUUUGUAUGUACAGUAGGUUCAACAAUUUUGAUUACAGCUGCAAACUCUUCAAUUCGGUUGGUGAAAAAAACACCAUAGUAUGGAAUUGCAUCUUAUCUGCCUGUGUUCAGUGCAAGCUGGCUGAUAUUGCAUUUGAUUUCUUCAGGCAGAUGUGCUUCCUUAAUGUGAAUCCUGAUGCAGUAACCAUGUUGGCACUCAUCUCAGCAUGUUCGCAGAUUGGAAAAGCAGAUUUGGCAGAAUGUGUUACAGCUCUCUUACUAAAGAAUGGCUUUGGUGGAAGCCUUUUUGUUGUCAAUGCUCUCAUUGACAUGCAUUCAAGGUGUGGAAGCAUUUCAUUUGCAAGAGAGCUCUUUGAUAGCUCAGGGGCAAAAGAUUCUGUUACUUGGAGUGCAAUGAUCAACUCAUAUGGUUUACAUGGGGAUGGCAAGUCUGCCAUUGACCUUUUCUCCAUGAUGAUAGCUUCAGGAGUGGAGCCAGAUGACGUAACUUUUGUUAGUAUCUUGUCAGCUUGCAGUCAUAGUGGCCUUGUAGAGCAAGCAAGAUCCUUGUUUAAAUCACUACAGAUAGACUACGGCAUCACACCGAGGAUGGAGCAUUAUGCAUGCAUGGUGGAUCUGCUAGGUCGAACUGGCCACUUGGAUGAAGCCUAUGAUGUUGUCGGGUCAAUGCCAUUCAGACCAUCAGAAAGUUUGCUUGAGUCAUUGCUUGGAGCCUGUAGAUUCCAUGGAAAUUCCAAAAUUGGAGAGGCUGUGGGGAAAUUGCUCAUUGACUCUGACCACAGUAAUCCACGGUCUUAUGUCAUGCUUUCUAACAUCUAUGCUUCAGUUGGUAAAUGGAAUGACUAUGAGUGGCUGCGGUUAGAUAUGGAAGGAAAAGGGUUGAGGAAAGAUGUGGGAAUCAGUUUGAUUGAGUAGCCCUGAUCCUACAACAAGCUCCAUUAGCUAGAGAACUUUUUUUUGUCAAACACAAGGCAUUAAAAUUGUGGGGAAUGUGUUGAAACCCUGCUCAAGCCUAAGUUGAUGUUCGUCUACUGACAGCUGGUAGAGCAUUUGUUUAACACAAGAAACAUGCAAAAUCAUUCUUCUGCGAGAUUGACAGUUGUUAGAGCAUUUUUUAACACAAGAAAAUAGUCUAAAUCAUUCAUCCAUGGAUUAAUUUCUUGGAGUAGCUAGUUGUUACACAAAGUUUGAAAUAUCUCCAUCUCAGUGCAACCAGGAUUGUUUGCUUUUAAAAUGCUAAAUGCAUUGUUAUCCUUGAA